AUGGCCGCAACUGGAGAAGAUACCUACAGCCUUGGCCUCCAACGCAAUAAGGCCUGGGCGCAAGACACCGCCUCCGCAACACCCGACCUCUUUCCCACCCUCGCCAAAGGCCAAAGCCCUCAGAUCCUCUGGCUCGGCUGCUCGGACUCCCGCUGCCCGGAAACCACUCUGCUUGGCCUCCAGCCCGGCGAUGUCUUCGUGCACCGCAACAUCGCCAAUGUGAUCAAUUCUGCUGAUCUGUCCUCCGCUGCAGUUCUCGCCUUUGCCGUCGGGAACCUGAAGGUGAAGCAUGUCGUUGUAUGUGGACAUACGAGCUGUGGAGGUGUAGCGGCUGCGCUUGGCAAUGCGAGUGUGGGGGGUAUCCUGGAUGCGUGGCUGGCACCGCUCAAGAGGCUGAGGGCGGAGAAUGUAAAGCAAUGGGAGAAGGAGGGAAUUAGUGCGGAUGAGCAGAAGUCAAAAUUGGUGCAGGCAAAUGUGAGGGCUAGUGUGAAGGUUGUGAGAGAGAAUUCUGUGGUGGUUGAGGCAGUGAAGGAGAGGGGUUUGCAGAUUCAUGGGGUCGUGUACGAUGUGGGCAGUGGACAUUUGGAGGAAUUGGACACGCAGGAAGGGGAGGAAGACAAGGGGUUUAGGGAAGGGGUUUUUAGUCUGAAGUAG